AUGGCUUCCCAGAGUUGGUUUCCCAUACCCAAAUCCUCUCAUUUCUCGCUUGCGAACAUACCUUUUGGAAUCAUUAGCACCGCUACGAAUGAGGUAUCUCGCGUUGCUGUUGCAAUAGGCGAUCAUGCUCUAGAUUUAGCAGCGCUCAGCCACCAAAACGGCUUUUCUACAGUACCAAGCAUACAGAAGGAUCAGACAGUCUUUGCGCAUCAUACAUUGAAUGCAUUUGCCGCACUGGGCCGUCCUGUACAUCGCGAAGUCCGUAGGUUUAUUCAGGACCUGCUUCGGAUUGAUACACCUUUCCCUGAAAUCCUGAAAAACAACAAGCAACUCCAGGCAGAAUGUCUGAUACCGCUAAACGAAGUGAAGAUGCACCUUCCAAUGCAGAUUGGUGACUAUACAGACUUUUUCGUUGGCAAAAAUCACGCCUAUAACUGUGGCGUGAUGUUUCGCGGUCCAGACAAUGCACUGCAGCCCAACUACACUCACCUGCCCGUGGGCUACCAUGGUCGAGCCUCGUCAAUUGUCGUCUCGGGCACCCCCAUUCAUAGACCCAAAGGACAGAUAUUGGCAAAUCCGAAUGCCGAACCGAAGGUUCCCACGUUCAGUCCAUCCAAGAGACUUGACUUUGAACUUGAGCUUGGCGCAUUUGUCUGUAGAGAGAACAAGAUGGGCGAGCCAAUUCCAAUCUCCGAAGCUGGAAACAGUAUUUUCGGGUUGGUCCUCAUGAACGAUUGGUCUGCACGGGAUAUCCAGAUGUGGGAAUCUGCUCCAUUGGGACCUUUUAACGCCAAAAAUUUCGGCACAAGCAUAAGUCCAUGGGUGGUGUUGAUGGAUGCAUUGGAACCGUUCAGGACGCUAAGCAUUCAGAACGAUAACGAACUUUUGCCGUAUUUGCGGGAAGAGAAGAAUAAUGUCUUCGACAUUCGCCUCGAAGUUGACCUUGCUCCUGAAUCUGGACCCGCAACCACAAUCUUACACUCCAAUGGAAAGAACCUGCUUUUUUCAUUUUCACAGAUGCUUGCGCAUCAUUCGGUAGGCGGUUGUCCAAUGCGUGUAGGCGACUUGCUGGGUUCUGGUACUAUUAGCGGCACUGAAGACGGUUCACAAGGGUGUUUAUUGGAGCGCAGCAAAAAUGGCAAGGACAUCAUAAAGCUUUCAGGAGGCCUAGACCGAACAUUCUUGGAAGAUGGCGAUACUGUAACACUGAGGGGAAUUUGUGGCACUGAAGAGGAUGGUCUGGUCGGAUUUGGACAAUGCGUAGGGAGGGUCCUCCCCACAAUGCCGUCAUGA